GGGAAGAGUCGGAGCAGAUUUUAUCCAGUCGAUGACAGUCGAUCUCUGCUGAGAAAAGCUUUUGCUUCUUUGCUGUUAUUUGUUUGUUUUGCCGUCCCCACCUCGACCUUUGGACUGAUCUCCAGGACCAUGGACAGCACACUGGAAAGACUGGACGCUGCAGGAUUUUUACAGAUCUGGCAACAUUUUGACAAAGAUGAUAACGGCUACAUCCAUGGAAAAGAACUGGAUGCCUUUUUUAAGCACAUCUUGCAAAAACUUGGAAUGAAGAAACAGGAGAUAACGGAAGACGCAGUCAGAGGACUAAGGGAAAGACUGGUGUCUGGCUGUGGAUCUGCUGCUGAUGAACGCCUGCAGAUUCAAGAGUUGGCUACCGUGAUGCUUCCUGAGGAGGAGAACUUCCUGCUUUUGUUCCGUCGUGAGACGCCGCUGGACAACAGCGUGGAGUUCAUGAGGAUCUGGAGAAACUACGAUGCAGACAGCAGUGGCUACAUCUCAGCCAACGAGCUCAAGGGGUUUCUUCAGGACCUGUUCAUCCAGCACAGGAAGUCCAUCACCCCCGAAAAGCUGGAGGAGUACACGGACACCAUGAUGAAAAUGUUCGACAAAAACAGAGACGGCCGACUGGAUUUAAACGACCUGGCCAGGAUUUUGUCCUUAAAAGAAAACUUCUUACUGAAAUUUAAGAUGGAUGCCUGCAGUCAGGAGGACAGAAAGCGGGACUUUGAGAAGAUUUUUGCUCACUAUGAUGUUAGUAAAACAGGAGAAUUAGAGGGUCCUGAAGUGGAUGGAUUUGUCAAGGAUAUGAUGGAGCUGGUAAAGCCCAGCAUCAGUGGAACAGAACUGGACAAAUUCAGAAACGCCCUGAUGGGUCACUGUGACAUCAACAGAGACGGAAAAAUCCAGAAGAACGAGUUGGCACUCUGCCUGGGUCUUAAACUCAGCUAACAGACCCUGGCGACACUCACAGGAGGCGUUUUCAUCCAAACAUGUGUCCUUCCUCUCAGUUCUCUUUUCCUCGUACCAUUUUUAUGUUUGAUUAAACUCUGUCCCUUUCUUCUCUCCCUCCUAUCAGUAAUAAUAUGUUUUUCUCUUCUUCCCUUCACAUUGUGUGUUUCUGUCCCUGUCUCACUUCAGAUGUUAGGCUGCAGUGUGUUCAUCUAUUGCAUCAGUAACAGAACCAAGAUCUCAUAAUUGUACAUAUUUCUUUACUUUAAUAUUUAUGCAUCAGGGAAAAUAAUGUGCUUUAAUUGCAGCUGUGAUCAUGUUUCUUGUGAUUUGCAUGACAUGUCGCUGUGGUGUUGUAAUACAGUUCAGAAAAGUUUUUGCAUGAAUGAAAACAGUUACAAAAUUAUGGUUAAUAUUAUUUAUUAAAAUGUCUUCAUGGAUCCCUUCCUCUUGUACAAGAAUACGAAACGGAAUGUUUGUUUUGAUUUAAAUGUUUAAAUAAAAACUUUGAUAAA